AUGGCGCCGAAAAACAAGACCCGACCAGACAAAGCAAUACUCACCCCUUGGCUCAGCACAAUAUCCCUCCCCCUCCCAACAAAUCGCCUCGCAUCAUCCGCUCUACGUGCCUUGGAAGUUGACGCCGAGCUAUCCCCUUUCGUGCGACGGAGUUUCACCCUUGAGACUCCGUCGGUUGAAGCACCAUCCGAGCCGCAAGAAAAAAAGCAAAAGCAGGACCCUGAAGAAUUGAAGACUGUGUUGAAGAUAACAUACAUUGCGACAACGAACCGAAUGCUACGCGUUUCUGUCAAUGGAUUUAUGGAGAGUCUAGGAGUUGUGCUUGGGGUUAUGACCGAAUUAGAUGUUGACGUGCUGAAGGCUGAGAUGGAGGGUUGA